AUGCGGUGCAGCUAUGAUCGAAUGGGCCCUACUGCUCAAUGUGCCAUAUGUCUGAAAGAAAAAUCCAAACAUAAGAUGCGGCUAUCGCCUGCUGAGCAACCGUUCAGCAUCAUAUUUCUGUCCAGUUUAGCAAGACAUCGGAUUGAUGUGGCCACCGCCAUCAAACUCUACGAAGAAUGGCACCACACACGUCAACAUAUCUGUAUCGCUCACUACGUUGAAAUUAUACUAUUCCUUGGUCGCGAACUUCGACAACUUUUGGGCGUGUUCCCAGUGAAUGGAUUAGCGGAUGUUCCUGAGAAUGUGAUGGACGAUUUUGUGGCUCAUAUUCGAAUGUAUGGAACACUUUUAGGGCAUGGAAUGUGCUUGGAAAAGAAACAUGUUUCACAAUUUUAUGGGGAAAACUGGUCGAAAUAUCACAAAGAUAUUCUGAAGAAGGUGAGAAGAGACAAGAAAACAGAAGAUCAACAAAGGGAAUUCAACGAAGACAUAAGGGCUUUCAUCACGGCUAGUUCUUCAAUGGAUCAACCAUGUACGUCUAGUAACACCGCGGCAGUGCUAGCGUCAACCUCUACCGAUUUGACAGUUCCGCAUUCACGUGCUUUUGACCAGUUUGAUCCAAAACCUUCUACUUCUUACGAGUUAUCCACAUCUGCAAUGGAUUUAAUGGGAUUACUUAGUGCCUCGAUGACAGGCCUAGGAGCAUUUCCGCCUUUCGAAGAAGAUUCGUGGAGAUUGACCACUUGUGCAUUAUGUGGAGUCCAGUCCCCAGAAUUAAAGCUGCGAAGGCCUCCAGAAUUUCGAGAAUAUCAUUUGCUCUUGCUCUCUGGAUUAGUUAUGUCUAAUGCAGUAGGCAUUGAUGUAGCAUGUCAUGUUUACAAAGACAGUUCUACACGACGUACCCACUACUGUAAACAUCAUUUCGUUCAGGCAGCAUUAUGUUUCGGCGAUGAAGCUAGAAAAGUGUGCGGUCAGUUUCCUGUUCGAGACUUCCUCGUACCAAUUCGAGUACAAUCUGAAUUGUUGGAGCGUAUCAGAGAAAUUUGUGCAAAAGUGGAUGGAAGCGUAGUGUUGUCGACAGAUGACCUCGUAAGAUUUUACACCGAUUGUCAAACUCGAUAUUAUGAAGAAGAAAGAUGGAGAGUAUUGCAGCCGCCAGCAGAACCUAUAAAAUCACUUGGAAGAUCAAGGAAACGAAAUAAUAUGGGGAAUGUACAGACGAACGAGGAAUCACAACAGAGCGGGUUGCCUAAUAAACAAUCGCGAAUCGCUUGCGAUCUAAGCUCUUCUGGGAAGGAUAGGUACUGCGUUUGCUUGAUAUGCGGCAUGUGGACUUUGAAGACUGAAUGCCGCAUAAACUCAUCGCCACCGGAUCAAAUUGCGAUCCUUCUUUGCUGCCUGGUAGUUGGUUAUGGACUACCAUUGGACUUAGCCAGAAUCAUCUAUCAAGAAAUGGGCGGCAAGAAUAAACGCGUGUGUAAAAGACAUUACGUACAAGCGGGUAUACACAUAUGUUAUGAAAUUCAAACAAUAUGGGGCCAAGUUCCUCCAAGGAGCUUCAAUAUACUACCUUGUUACAUUAGGUUGGAUUUGGUGAAGCGCUUCCACGAGUGUGCUGGAUUCAUCAAUGACCAGCAAGGAUUAACAGAAGAGCACUUGAUGCGAUUUUAUAACGAUUGGCAAGUCCGGUAUCGUAAAGAAACUGGCUGGGUUGAUGACGAUUUGUGGCAGUUCAAUGAAGGAGGAAGACAAAAAUCCAUUGCCGGUGCUAAUUUUCUGCCAAUACCAUGGGAAAGAAGAAACAACGACCUGCCUCAGUUCAUUCCCGAACAGCAACGUCGUGAAAGUCUGAGGAAGGGAAUGAAUGAGCUGAACGAUGAACACCUUGAAGCCUUGCAAAGAUGCAAAUGUUGUAUUUGUGGUGAGAUUCGGUUGAUAGAACACACGGGAUUAGCUGAAGCAAAAGACGACCAAGCAUUGCUCCUUCUCUGUUGCCUCGUGCUACAUGAUCAACUUAGUGUGGAAAUUGCAACUGCAUUGUACGCAAGUUGUAAACAAUCGGUUAAACGGAUAUGUCAUGAGCAUUUAGUUUUCGUGGGUGGAUUUCUUCGAGCUGAAUAUGAAACUCGCUAUGGGGAAUGUACACCAAAUUCGCUACUAAAUGAACCUAAAGCUCCCAAAGAUGAACUGUUUGCACGUUUGGUGGAGAUUUCGAAACAGAUUAAUAUCGAACACUGCUUGCAAAGAACGUCAUUGUCGGUAUUCUAUUCCAAUUUUCUGUCGAGAUAUUGUGUUCAAAACAGGAAUCCAAAGGGACAUGAAAAAGAGAAUGAUUCUGAGCAAGACAUCUAUUUAUGUGAGAACACUGGUGUAGAAGAAAAUCCGUUCUGCCCAGAUGAACAAACGCUCAAAUCUGAACUUCUUCGUAUUUGCGGAUUUCCAUCAACUAACGGUUUCAGUGGACGUCCGGAAAACCCACAACUUUUACAAGGUGUAGAUUUGACGAAACAGUGUGAAAUUGUGCAUGAACAGUCAAGCGCGUUCACAUCCUCUAAGGAUGAAAACACUUCUGCGAGAACCGUCCAGUAUCAAACUGAGGUCCUCAAUUGUUCUCAAGGACCAUCGACUUCUGACCAACAGACUUCGCACGGACGUAGUGAUCAUGCGCGAGAAGUGAAAACCUCACAUGUAGCGGACGAAAAAUCUUCGUUCUGCAUUGAGGUUUCGGCUGCAGAUCUUCUUCAACAAGGUGUUUCCUGUUCUGAUGCUACCAUGGCAACAAAUGUGUACGAUACGGGACAAUAUCCAUUCGAAGAAUUUGAUGACUCAUCUCCUAGUGAUCAGCAAGGAAGAGAAGCUAACGGGAAUUUCGCAGUCCAUGACAAUGACCUUUGUUCUGUGGAAUCCUCUGAUUCCUAUUAUCCUUCAGUGAAUACUGUCAGCCCCAGUUCUUUCGGUACUCUUCGAACAAGCGAUAUUAGUACAAGAAAUGGAUCAGCUGGAUGCAAUUUAUCAACGGAGAUAUUAGAACUAUCUGACGAGAUUAAAAUAAUGGACACCUUACACAGAUCUGAUCCCAACAAAAGUGUUGUCGAUUUGGCGUCAGAACUCGGCAUCAGCACUGCGACAUUACUCUCCUACCUCCGUUCCAAAGACGCUAUCUUGAACGAAACGCAACUACAAUGUCGACUUGAGAUUUGUUCCGCGUUGUCGUUAAGGAACAGCAGAGAACCAUUUCUAUCAAGGAUAAUAACGUACGGAGAAAAAGUGCUCUGUUUUGAGGAUCGAAAACGUCUAUCACAUCUUCCUGUUGAUGCGGCUCCUGGAAUUCCAAGCAAGAAAAUCCUACUCACCGUUUGGUGGUCAGCGAGUGGUCUGAUCUGUCAUCAAUUUGUGAGAGGAGAUUUCGAAAAGAUGAGCGUGGACCGUUUCUCCAAACAGAUCGCAGAAGUUCACCGAAGGAUUGCCGCAAGAAAUUCGGAAUUAGCCAACGGACUGGGACCUGUUCUAAUUUGUGACAACCCCUGCCCACACAUUACACGAGUCUCAACGGCGAAGAUGUAUCAGUGUGGUUUUGAGAUUCUCCCUUACCCAUCUCAUGCUAAAGAUCUUUUACCUAGUCAUUAUUACUUCUUCCAGCAUCUCUUUAAAUACAUGGAACACAAGGAUUAUGCGAAUUAUUUAGAAAUGGCAGCACAAGCGUGGAUUCUUCUGUGUGGCGCAUCUUCCGGAAACUCAAAUGGUUUCUCUGAGGUUUCCAGCAAGAUUAUGGAUGAAUUUACCGCACAAAUCAAGACGUAUGAAACAGCCUUAAGACAUAAUGUGCGAUUGGAGAAGAAGGAUGUGGUGAAAUUCUACGACGAAAAUUGGUCGAAGUAUCGCAAAGAAAUUCAAAAAUUGUUGAGAACAAUGAACGAUAAAGAAAAAGAACAGAAACAUGAGAUUCAGGAAGUACAGAUGAUGUCGUGGUCGUACGGAUGUGUUUUGCACACGUUCGCGCCCUCACCUACUAUUUCGUGUUCACCUCUAAAGGGAAUGGUUCGUUGCGCACUAUGUGGAAAUGAGCGAUCGCAUGCUUCUUCUUUUACAAAUGCCUCAGAACUCUCCUCAACUAUUAUAUUGCUGUCCUGCUUGACAAAAUACAACACAAUAAACGAAAACUCGGCCAGAAAACUUUAUAAUGAUAUGCGGAACGCUCCUCAACGCAUCUGUAAAGGACACUACAUUGAAGCGAUAAAAUUUCUGAGGAAAGAAAUAGAAGAGUUAUGGAACGACUUUCCGUUGAACAAGCUCGAAGAUGUCCCUUAUCAUGUGAUAGACAAUGUGAUAGAGAAUAUGCGACCAUAUUGUCUCAAACUGGAUGCAAAAGCACGUAUGGAGAGAGGAAAAUUGGUGGCAUUUCAUAAUGAUUGUAUGGUGAAAUAUGAUAACGAAGUCUUGAAUAACCUUCUUUCACAAGUUGGACAAGGUGGAAUGGCUGAUCUGAUGCAUGCACCUUUGUGUACUCAAGUUUACUUACAAAAACCAACUACAUCAAGCAAUUCCUCUCGUUGCUUAGGCAUCAAAGGAAGUGCUCUUCCAUGGCCAGACUCUCCGCUUCAUGAUUCACUUCUUUUCAAUCCGCCGGAGGAGAAACCUCUUCAAUCUAAGGGAAUUUCUGCCACAAAUCUUCUGACUCAUCAAAAAAUGCCAGAGAUUUGUCUCAGCGCUUCCACGACGAAUGGAGACGACGAACAGUCAAAUCAGCAGAGAAAACAGCAGUGUUUAUUAUGUGGAAGAUCGUCACAUGAUGUUGAAAUAGUACAAACGCUGGAAACCCGAGAACAUAACGUCAUUCUGCUAUCCUGUUUAAUUAUGGGCAGUGCUAUUCAAUUACAUCGAGCAAGUAGAGUGUACCAGGAAAUCCUAUGCAUCCGGAAAUCACUCUGCAAACACCACUACGCUCAGGCUAUUGGAUUUCUCAGGGAGGAGGUACGAAGUCUAUCGGAAAAUUUUCCAGAAGAAGGAAUAGAACAACUUCCGUACAAUGUUUUGACGGCUUUACUGCGACGAAUACAAUCUUGUGGAACCGAACUUGAUAAGUCCGUAAUCCUUAGGGUCGACGAAUUAGUUCAAUUCUUCAACUAUUGCUUGCCGAGCUACAAAGAACAGAACUCAGAAUUUGGACCGGUAACAUCAGAUUCAAACGAUUGUAAAUCGGCACUUCAGUCAUCCAUUUCUCCUGUUCAUCACAGUUUUCUUCCAAACGUUGUUAAAUAUGAAAAUCGAUCGCAAAAGGACAACUUUCUUCUAUCGAAACAUACUAACAAGGUCACAACCCAAGAAAUGCACCACACAUGUGCAGUAUGUGCUCGUCGUCGCCCUGAGACAGAGCUCCGUAAUACGUCAUUCUCGAACGACCAGAAUAUUAUACUGUUGUCUUGUUUGGUAAUGGGACGUACGGUUGAAAUGGCUGUAGCUAGGAAAAUUUACGAUAGCAUCAAACACAAGAGCAAAUACAUGUGCACAAAACACUAUAUAGAUGCUGCGCGAUUUAUUUGCUCCGAGAUCCAACGUGCAUCUGGCAGCUUUCCGAAAGAUGGCUUCCGACAUGUUCGCGGCGAUAUAAGAUUUAAUUUCUUGUGGCGAGUUCAACAGUGCGGCGAUCUCAUUGAUAAAACUAUCGAACUCAAAGAAGAAUGUUUGAUACGUUUCUAUAGCAAGUGCGAUGCGAGAUAUCAAAUAACACAAGAGUGGAAUGAGCAAGAAGUUUCGCACAAUAGAAUGCCAUACGCACAGCAAUUAACGCACGAACCACCUGCUGAACAUGAUCAUGAAAAAACGGAAUUAUCGCUGAGCGUCUCCGAAAGAAGUUGCAAGCGAAUAGCUAAUUUUUCAGAUUUCGACUAUAACCAACAAAAACGCUCCAAAGGGCCUUCCACCAUUCAUUUCAAAGAUUCUAAUGGUUGUAGUGACCAGAAACUGAGUCCUGUCGGCUCUAUCUGUGAUUUGGACUUUUGUCCACAAACUCGAGAUGAAUUUACGAAUGAAUGCGAAGCAGAGCCGUCCCGCAUGUCAUCGUCAAGUUACAGCUGUAGUCGAAAUUUUGGUCAGUCACCAUCUCCUGACAAAUUUCUACAAGACGAAUGGGACGGUUCAUCUCCUACUGAACCUGUGGAUAUUCCAUCAAUAUCUUCCCGUUUCCUAGGAUUCAAAGAGAAAACCGAUCGCCUUCUACAAGCAAAUACUUUGUCGUUAGUUGAUCUUGGACAGGCAAUUGCGCAGCAUGAAUGUGGAGCUGAAUAUCAGGAAUUCGUCACUGCUCGCCUUCGUGAUGCCCGAUUAAGCAUCAGUGUAGCAAAAGCUCUUCAAAUUGCCGCCACACAGGUGCCGCCGUGUUCACACUCGGCAACGCGUGCAUUGCUUAAUCUCGUGACUCAACAGUCAGACGUUAUAGUAGGAUUGACGUCCGUGGUGGACUCGAUAAUGCUUAAUGUGAAGGACUUGAGAUGUGAACUUGCUCGCGGUGGGAACAGCAUAGUGAAAUCGACCGAGAAAAAGCUCCCUGAGGUGACUCACCUUCAUUACGAGAACCUAACAAGGCAAUGGAACAUUCCGCAAAUAGAGCCAUUCAAGGCAACAAAUUUAAAUGCUCUCAUGGACGGCUGGAGACGAUCCAAUAGAGCACGUGACGACGACCACGUUUCCCAUUGUGUUGAUUUCUACCGACUGUACCUGGUUAAUGCGUGCGAGCCGAAACAGUUGAUCCAGAAUUACGCUUGCCGACAAUCUGGCCGAUGCGCUAAAUCUGAACAUUUGCAAGAUCUCCCUGAGCAGAUUGCACGCGUGCUUAUCGAAUGCUGCGUAGAUGGUUUGCGAUUGGGUGCAAGUGAACUCUUGAUGACUGCGGAUGAGAUCAAGAAGAGUCCUACGAAAUACUGGCGAGAACUUGGACCAACGGAUGCAGUACGUUCAAAGGUCCUUAGUGAUCGCAAGAAAGCCCGCGCUGAAUGGGGAGCCCUGUGUAGAAGCGCUCUUGGACGUGCCCUUGCGGACGUGCGACAAUAUGUCUUCAAAAAUUUUAAGCUGGUACCAAGACCAAAGCGCAAAACAGUUGAUCUUCCAAGCAGUUCGGGUUGA